AUGCGGCUAAAUCAGAACAAAUCUUAUGCUCUAAUUGGGGAGUUGCCUCUGCAAAGGCCGAAGAUGGAAGAAGCUGGGAGUUCUUUCCCUCAACGAACGGCACCAACGAGGAAGCGAGUUUCCGUAGCAUGUCAAACUGACGCUCCCUACGGUGCUAUUAGCCCUUCCUCGUUAGGUCAACCUAAUCGCAAUGCGUCGAGUGGUUUGUUGGCUGUCAACUCUGCCAGUACACCGGCGACUAGCUCGCGAGCCACUACUACAUCGCCUGCGACCGAAGAACAAACGUUGAGAGUAACAAUACAGCAUUUUUCGAAGAUGGUAGAUACGCUCUGUUCUCCGUGUAAACGGAUCAAUGGAGUUCCAUGGCGAAUAAUGGUGAUGCCGAAGCAGCAUAUGGUGCAGAAGAAGAACCAAAAAUGCAUGGGAUUUUUUCUGCAGUGUUGUCCGGAUAAUACCUAUUCAGACGCAUGGACCUGCCAGUCAGUUGCGGAAAUGCGACUUAUCGCUCAAAAACCUGGUGUACAAAAUUUUGUGCGGAAAACUACGCACGUUUAUAGCGCGAAGGAAAAUGACUGGGGUUAUUCCUGCUUCAUGACUUGGGCGGAUGUUCUUGAUGAAAGCCAAGGGUACAUCAAAGAUGAUCGAGUCACCUUAGAAAUUACUGUCAAAGCGGAGGCUCCAAAAAAUAUGAUGUCUCGCGAAGACUUCCGACGAUCUAUUGAUCAGUGGUACAACUUAGCUGAAAUGCAACUGGCUCGCGGCCAAGUUGAUUUAUCUAUCGAGGCAAAUGCUCAAGCUCUCAAGUUUUGUAAGGAUAAGGACAAACAAUCUCAAGAAAAGCUGGAAGCGCAACGGGAGCGGCUUGUGAAUCAUAAACUUGUGGAAAGCAUCCAUCGGAUCGAAAAGGUGAAAGAUGUACCGAAAGGAACUGGGGACGCAUUGCGUCCGACUUCCUUAAGACAGGCACUCACAGGCGCUCAGAAAUCUGCGACUACAUCGAAAGCGACUAAAGUUAUAAAAAAGGAAAGACGCAAUAUCGUUCAGCAAGGAAAAAAGUCGGGAAAUGCUUUGGCAGCAAAGAAUGCGGAGAGGAAAUCUGGAGACGGCGAUGAAGACAAUACCAACUCUCUUAGUUCUGAGGAAACGAAACAAGGGGCGGACAAAACCGAAAAAGGCGAAUCAAAACAAAAUUUGGAAACAAAAAAGCAGAGAAGCAGAAGUCUUAGUGAUAGUGACACAAUGAAAAUAUUCAGCAAAAAAGAAAUGCUUACUGAUCAAGCUUUGCUGGAUGACGAGGACAAUACAGGUGGUGGGACUACAGUGUCACCGGCGUCGGAAGAAGUUAAGCGUGAUGACGCUGUCAAGAAUGAGGACGAAGAUCUCGAUAUGACAAAAUCUCGCAGCUCUAUAGAUACGGCUACCGCACUAGACGGAAAAACUAGGAGAGAAAGCGGAGAUUUGGCACAUAGUGAGGACGACUCUAGCGAUUAUGGCGAAAAUGGAAUUCGUGAAAUGUGUGGUUGUGGACUUCACCAUCAUCGUGAUGCGUGCCGGCAUUCCUCUAUUUCAUCUCUUGAGCCUGAAGACGAAGAACUUGAGAAUGAAAAUUACGAAGAGAAUGUUCCGGAGCAAACAGCGGUGGAAAUGUGUGAAAAUGGUUGUCAAACAGAAGACAGUGGUGAUAUUGAAACCCCGCAGCUCAAUACUUUAACGGCAACGGCGGCACCAGAGAACGAAACUAUUCCAUCACUAGUUACGACAUCUCCUCCCGUGCAAGCAACAACGAGAGAAAGACGGCAUGCUGGUUCUGGAAUCACAAAGGAUUCCUCGUUGUUCCGUGAUAAUGUCGCAAAAAUGGCUGAGUCAACAGAAGAAGUAUUGCAGAAGAUAAUGCAAACACGGGAGCAGCAACCGCAAGUUGAGAAGAUCUCAGAAGCAGACCAGCAGCGACUUCUCCAAUUUUGCAUCAAGAACUUUGGCAUUGAUAAUUUUUGUCAGGACAUGAUUCCACCUGAAUUGGCUGGCUCAGACGAAACAAUGCGAUGUUUUACUGCCACACUCAACGCAAUCAUGCAGAAACGACUUGAAAUCAUCAGUGAUGACCAUGGCACAUGUUGUCUGGCAUCUGGUUUAUGCACUGUGCACUCGAAUCGUAUCUACAAAGCUGCCGAGAGUUUCGUGAAGGUUGUGGAGCAAAUGUUUGAGUCAGAGAUCCUCACCGCGACGUUCGCGAAAAUGAGUUUUAUGAGUAAUGUAUCCAGCGAGGAUGUCCCGAAGAAGAUCUCGAAAGCAGCUGCAGUUGCAAACGGUGGUAAAUCUGCUGCUCGUAAAACAGCCGCUGCACACAAGAAGCUUGCCCAAUCGCAGGCAGCUCAGCAGCAACAGCGCCCAAUCUCGCCGCCAUCGGAGCCUCCAUCGGAAUUCGCAGUUUCGCUCUCAGAGGCCGAUGAUGAGGAAAGCAUUGAUGACUUCGAAGAGCUUCACAGUGCGUGUUUAUCUGGUGAAGACGUUGAACAACAAAUGCGUGAGCUUUUGAAUGAGAUCAGCCAUUGUCGCGUACACGAUUUGAUUCUGGAUAAAAUAGAGUCAAUGGAGAAGGAGCCAAACAACAGUUCUAUUGGGCUUCGUGCUCUUCUUGUGCAGCUCUUCAACUAUUCACAGACGCUUUCGGUGACUGGUGAUCGUAUGGAAACCAUGGUAGCUCAGGCUAGAGAGGUCCAACAAAUCAUCCAGGGACCAGAUGCCAUGAGAGCAGCUGAGCAAAUGAAGAGGAAUGAAGAGAAAUUGGCAGAGACGGAAACGGCAUUGAAACAGGCAAAAGCAGAUCUGGCUAAGGAGCAGGAGCACAAAAAGAAAGCAGAGCAGCUUCGCCUGACUGAGUCAUCUAAGUUGAAAGAGGAGACGGCGAAAACAGAACAACUUACUGCUCAGUUGAAAGAAGCGCGAAAUAACCUCAAAAAGAUUGAGAAGAAGAAUAAGCAGGACGAGACACGCAUAGGUACUCUAGAAGCUGAGAAGUUUGACCUGGAAGAUAAGGUGAAAUCUCUUAAAAAGGAACUAGACCUAGUCAAGAAGAAAGCUGCAGAAGAUAGAUCAAAAGCAAAGAAGGAGAAGGAGCGAGAUGCCGAGCAAGUGCGCCGCCUGGAAAGUGAGGCUCUAGAACGUGAAGCCGAGCGUGAUCGGGAGAGGCAGCAGCAUGACGAUUUUAGAAGAGAUGUGAAGAACCGUGAGCAGAAGUGGGAGAAGGAAAGGAAACAGCAUAUGUCUCAAAUAGCGGCUCUGAUGGAACGUGCUCGAUCAGCUGAAGUUGCACAAGUAGGAAUGAUGUUAACAGCUGGUGUCACUGCGUUGGAAAAAACGCGUGAUGAAGCAGCGCUCAAUCUUGCUGAAGCCGAAGACAAUCUCAAACGCGCUCGUACUCAUUCCGAUAUGGAGACAAUGCGUCGGAGCGUGUCUGAGUGGAAGUGUGCACACGAAGAAUGUAUCUCUGCUAUCUCCCAAGCACGAUCUGAGUUCGAAGCAGCAUGUGAAGCAAUACGCAAGGGACAGCGAACACUUGCGCAGUUUACUGACCUAAGGGUUCCCCCCGCCCCUGUUCUUCCGAAAGUCGUGCGUUUGCCACCAGUACAAGUUGUUCAACCAUCUACCCCAGCAUGUCCUACCACUACAACAUCUGUUUCUUCUGUGAUUCAACCGCCACCAGCUGGAGUUAUAGGCCAGCCAAGAACUCCGCAAAGUAGUCGUUACUCAUCACACGUCUCACCACGUGAUGGGAGCUCAUCGAGCCAUGUGCCACAAUCGCCAUCGUCGUCAUCAAGAUCAGGAAAUCUUUCUAGCGCCCAACCACCAACUGGGCAAUUGUUUGAACGUUCGCCAAUGAAACAACCACUGCCAAUCGGUGUUCGUCCCGGCCCUGUACCUACCCCUGCAACACUACCGAUGGAUGACUCAGCAGUUCCAUCUGCUGCUGCGCCAGCGGCAUCACCAUGGUCGUGGUCGACACCGCUUGGCAAUCUAGCCGACAUUCGCCCGCUGAGACCUUCUUCCGAGCAGGCUCACCCGUUGCUCCAACAACAGACCCACCACGAGUUGUGGAGGAACGGCGCGUCAACGGACUCCACACAGGUACGUGCUCCCCCUGGCUAUAAUCUAGGCUGGGGAGGUGUCAACGGAAGUUCAAUAGGCUCAACAGCGCAGCUCAGUCAGAACAGUUCGUUCUGGAGAGCUUCAUCGGGAAGUGCAGCAGUUCCGCCCGGUCAACAACAAUACAAGUACUCCGCUGCCGAUAAGUAUCCCAUGCAGUACUUUGAUAGCUGACUUUUCUGCUGAUAUGUACCAGAUUGUCUCACACAUUCAUUUACCACCAUAUUAAAGUAAUUUUAUUAGUCGCUUAUUUCGUUUCGUAGUCAUCGCCCCCGUGCGAGUCCUAUGUUGAGUUGAGUUGGGAUACCGCAUAUAUGUUUACAAAUGUUUAAUAAAUCUUCUUCCUAUUAA